CAUUGCAUCUCUUUUCAUUUUAUCUCUCUCGGCUCUCUCUCUCUCUCACGUUCUUUUUCGUCGUUGUGUGUGUGUGUGUGUCGAUUAUUUUCAUUUUUCAACCCAAAAAACCCAUUUCCCGUCUUUCUUCUUGAUUCAUUCAACGCCCAGCAGACGGACAGCCGAGCGCGUGGUGGAAAGUGAAUCCAUUGGCGCCCAAUCGCAAAAAAAAACGGUGUGACAACAACAACAACAACAGUAGCACAACUGUCAGAGAGAGAGACGUUGGAAGCUGGGCGAAACAAGUGAAAGCCGAAAGAAAUUCCGUCAAGUUUAGAAACAAAAACAAAACGGGUGCGAUCGUACCCCGGCACGUUGACGACAUGUCGACGGCACUCGUCCACCUGUUGCUGAUUUUUGUAUUUGGCGCCGCCCACGCCCUGCCCGUCGACCAGUGGACGUCCGAGUCGGCCCUGGUGGAAGUCACCACCAAAGUCGAAGGAACGAGUUCAUCCGCAUCGUCGCUCCUGCUGGCCGACCAGUUGUUGGCCGACGACGCGUCGUCGUUGAUGGGCAGCCAGAGCCGGCAGAAGCCAGCCGACGAUGGAGGCAUCGAAUUCCCCAACACGGCCUUCAUUCCGGGCGAUUUGACGGAACAACUAUCCGUCGAUGGAUUCUUCUCCUUGUGGUUCGUCUUCCUCGACGACGACGUCUUCACCUCAGACAAGGAGUUCACCAUCCUGGCGCCCAGCAAUAGCGCCCCCAUGAGGCCGUCACCCACUGCGGACGACAAGGAUCGAGUCCGCCAGUUGCUGCUCAAUCACAUCGUCCUGGGACGGGCCGUCAACAUCUCAUCCGACCUGUCCUCCUCACUCAGCCCGCCCUGGUACAAAGACAACAGCCUCAACAACAAGAAAACACUGACUGUCACCACCUUGGGCGGCAGGCAACUUCAUUUCAAAACCAGAAAAGACGGGACAGCGGUCGUCAAUGGCAUCAGGAUUGUUGGCAAAGAGGUGCGAGUGCCACCCAACGGAGUCAUCAUCGUCUUGGAGGAUUACCUGUUCAUGGACGAGUAUCACGGCGAUGUGGAAGGAUCCGAGUCUCAGCUGUUUAGCGCCAUCCCCAUGGUGACCGCCUCCGACGGCAGCGAUCACUUUCCCAUGAUCGAAUUGGGCACCGCUCACGACGACGAAAGCGGUGGACACGAGGGAGAAACGGUGAAACACGAACCAGUUGGAUCGGUCCUGAUCGAUCGCCAAAAGUUGAUCCCGACCAACGUCAGUCGGCCGUUUUACGAGGAGCUGGUGGAAGUGCUCAACUUUCUCCGCAGCGGCACUUCCGAUUUCUUGCGCUACCUGGAACAAGUCAACAUUUCCAGUUCCUUCUUGGACGAUGAAGAGUACACGGCGUUUAUCCCGAUGGACGACUCGUUCGCCCAGUGGUACCCGAUCGAUUGGGGAUUCAAUCCGUUCGACGUGGAAUCCUUCGUCAAAGAGACGAUGAUGAAUCAUUUCGUUCGAGGGCGAGUCAAGCAAAAGGAAAUCAAAGACGGGGACGAGUUGACGACUCUCGGCGGCAAGACGCUCACUUUCUCUUUCUCGCCCAUCGGCAAAUUGAUAGUCAACGAUCUGGAAGUCUUUGACGGCGACACGCCCGUCUCCAUGGGCAACAUUCAAUUCGUCGGCGAUUUGCUCUUUGUCAACUCGACGGUCGUCAGGGAGUUGAACGCCCGCCAUCGCGACGUCGAAUCGGCCCCGCUCGUCACAUCACCCUGGUACUCGUCCCAGUUCCUCUCGCACACCUACCGGGAGCUCAGCACUCGCCAGCAGUCGCCCAGCAUCGUCUCCGGAAGCGGAAGCGGAAGCAGCCAUCCUUCCUUCAGUCUGGCUCUGGAUUACAUCAACCAGACGCAGCCGCAGCUGAGGGACGACCUGCCCAGUCACGACGACUGGAAGAUGAUCACCUACACCUUUUUCGUCCCCAAAGACUCGGCCUUUUUCAAUUUGUGGCCGCAGGACACGGCCGAUCCGUUCGUCAUUGACGACGAAUUCCGGCGCGACGUCUUCCUCAACCAUUUCGUGCGACGUCGGUUGUAUCACGAUCGAGACCUAGUCGACGGGGCCGUCAUCACCAUGGCCGGCAACAAGACGGCCACCAUCUCCCGCGUUGCAAAUGUGACGAAAAUCAACGACGCCAUUAUCGAAGAGGCCGACAUUUUCAUUUACAAUUUGGGGACGGUGUUCGUGAUCGACCGGGUCCUCUUUGCAAGUCAGGAGCGAAUCAGUCAGGUGCUGACCAAGAACGCCGACCGCAUCCCUUCGUUCGGUUUGAGCGGAACAGAUGGCGCACCACCUUCUUCUUCUUCUUCUUCUUCUUCCUCUUCUUCGGCGAUGACUCACAAUAACGCAGCAGAAGAAAGUCAGACGCUGGUUGUCGACCUGCUGGCUGAGUUGACGACCACCGAGUCGACGGCGGGCAAACUCGUCAUUCGCGAAUGAGAAGACAGGCUACAAUAAUAAUCGAUGAUGACGUAAUUAUUUGAUACCCUCCACCACACUAUACAAGUGCCAUUUUGAUUUGCAAUUUUUGCCAGUCGUCGUCCCCAUCGAAACGACCAAGUUUUUUUCCUUUUAAUUUUUUAAAUUCAAAAGUGCCCAAAACAAAAGAAAACAAAAAGAAGCGCUAAUUUUUUAUGUACAAAUGAGAAAUGUUGGGAUUGAUGGGCGUACGCGACGAUCGUUCAAUUUGCCUUUUUUUUUUUUUGCAUCUACCUGGCGAUUUCGUGCAAGUAGCCACUGGUGUUUAUUCUAUUCUAUUUUGAGCAGUUCAUACUAAUGUUUUCUAUAAUAUCCUCCAACUAUUUUCCCUUUUAUUUUAUUACACACAAACCGUAUAUACAUAUAUAAUAAUAGUAUAUAGGCACCUCUUUUUUUUACCGUUUUAUAUACCCAUCACCACGUAUCUAUAAUUGUAUAUGUAAUCUAAUCAGCGUAUAUACUAUAACUAUUGCCGUGUGCCGAGACGCAUCCUCAACCAUUUUCUUUUUGUGCAUUUCAGUACUGUACCCUAUUACAUUUUGUAUUAUGAAAAAUAUAUUAUCUGCAAAAUUGA